CCUUUUUGCAGAAAGAAAAAAAAAAAACCUAGGAACCUUCCCAUCUCCGUCUCUCAUCCAAAACCUAUAACCAACCAUGGUCCUCAAACUCUCCUUCACCAUCGUCUUGAUCGCCACUUUGGCUCUUUUCACCUCCUACACUCCCCAAGCUGAGGCUCACUCCUGGGCUGAUUGCAUUGACUGGAAGGGUGCAAACGGAAGAAAUGACUUUAAGAACGGAAAAUGCAAUGGCUACGCCCGUCGCUUCCCCACUAGCAAGAAGUACUCAUUCGGCUCGCUCGACAGCGCCUCCCCUAACCGCCACUACGAACAGGACCAUGAUAACCCCAACAGCGCCUUGCCUUGCUCCGAUGGCAAGCAUGGUGAGGAAACCGGUGCUAACGAGACCCGUGCAAAGAACAUUAAGGAUGCCUAUGACCCCAAGAAGGGUUACGGUAAGAUGACGGUUGCCCGUGCUGGUCAGACUCUCUGUGUCCGCUGGCCCGCUAAGAAUCACUCCAAAGAGUACAAGGUCCCCAACGUUCAGAUCCACAUGGCUCGUGUCCCCAACCGCUCUGAUAUCUCUCAACGUGAGUUGAUCCGCAACACCAUCGCUAACUUGCCUUACGGAAACUGCAACUCUGGCUCCUCUGACCGUCGCCCCUGCGGUGGAUGCUUCAAGGUCCCCACCAACCGUAAGCCCGGUGUCUACCUCCUCCAGUGGCGCUGGAUGUUGAACAAGAACGAGUGGUACACCUCUUGCGCCGAUGUCCAGAUCCGUUAAAUCAUUUCUCAUCGCUCUUUUUUUACAGUCAUUCAUAAAACAGCAAAAAUAGUCUAAAAAAAAAUAUAGAUCAGCUUUUACCUCAACAUAGAGUUUAGUGAUGUAUUAGUUGUCUCUUGUCUUUUUUUAUCUUGUCAUUAUUGAAUGUUGAAAAUACCUGUAUCUUUGCAUCUUUGCUGGUCAAGACGCGCUGAUCAGCUUUCAUUAUUUUUAAAAAAAGAAAUAAAAAGAAUAUUCUCCACUCA